AUGCAGCUUCAGACUCUGGUUGCUUUCAUGACUGCCGCCCUGGCGGGCAGCAGCCUGGCUGCGUCGGCUUCACCAUCCCGGACUCUUCGAGGACGGGGGAAGUUGAGGGCCGACGUGUUGUUGGGAGGCCUGGCGUCAUCGUCAUCGGCUUCGCCAUCGCCCUCGCCAUCGCCGACAGCUACACCGUCAGUGUCACAGUCAUUGCCAGAGUUGCCUGCAGAGUCAUCGUUAUCCGAAUUGUUGGACAUGGGCUCAACCUCCUCACCGAUGGAGGCCAUGUCCUCCGUCGCUCCCUCCUCACCAGAAAUGGCGGCCAUGUCUUCGGCUGCUGCUCCCCUCUCAUCAGAAAUGAUGCCCAUGUCUUCCGCCGCUGCUCCCUCGUCCUCAGCAAUGAUGGCCAUGUCUUCAGCGGCCGCGCCCUCAGGCUCCGCCAUGGCCGGACCCAUGGCGUCCGCGUCUCCGUCCCCAUCCUCCAGCAUGGCCCCCGCCAGUACGGGGACUAGCUCCCGGAUUGAUGCAACGACGCAUGAUAGCCAUAACCGGAAGGAGGACGAUCUGUGCCUGUCGCUGUGCUCAGCGCAGUCGCAGAUCUGCAGCAUUGCGCUGCCGGACCAUGAGGACUGGUGGUGGCAGUCGCAGUUGACUAAAACCAUGUCGCCUCCCCGUCUGCCUCCGACGCCCUCCAUGUCGGGCGAGCUCAUCAUCAAGGACCAGAACGCCGACAUGCACGAGUCGUCGUUCGCCCUCCCUCCCGCCGCGCUCAGCCCUACCAGCGGCGACAUGCAGUCCAAGGGCGCUGCUCGCAAGGACUCGACUGUGUCGUACUGCCCCGUUUCGCCUACUUCUCCCGAUUUGGUGGCCAUGGGACGCACGGCCAGCAAUCCUCCCCGUCAUGCGGGGACCAAGCGAGCAUUGGACGAAUUCAACCUGCCUCCACCUCCCACCCGCACCCGCAAGAUCAUCCAGAUGAAGCCCAAGACCCAGCAGAGCUCGCCCAAGCCAGCUGCAUCGUCAACGGCCAAACAGAAGGAGACAGCCAAGACCCCCGCCAACACGGCGGGCCAGGCCAAUUCCAAGAAGAAGCAGCCCAGCGCGACGAGCGCGGCGGGCCGCAAGAUUGCCAGGAAGACCGCACACAGCCUGAUUGAGCGGAGACGACGGUCCAAGAUGAACGAGGAGUUUAGCACGCUGAAGAACAUGAUUCCUGCCUGCAAGGGCCAGGAGAUGCACAAGCUCGCCAUUCUGCAGAGAGCAUUGGCUGACAGACGACAGGCCAGUAUUGAUUACGUCAGGUAUCUCGAGCAAUGCAUCGCAGACCUCAAGGCCGCCUCCGGGCGAAGCGCUACCAAGCAACCUCCGUCGCCCACGUCGCCCGAGGUCGUCGCGGGUACAGAAGAGUCCGGCGUCAGUAUGGCGGCGUCAUCGUCGACGUCACCCGAGCUGCUUCCCUCUGGCGCGCAGAGCGCUCAAUUUUCGCCCGCGUUUUCUCCCCGAAAUCCAGGGCUUCCACAGCGACAGCCCAGUCUGGAAUUUUCAACAACCAUUCUCCCGAGCCCGGCGCUGGGCCCGACCCAGUCUCCGGAUCGGCACUCGCACCUCACCUGGCAGGCCUCGACUCAGCCCGUGUCAGCGUCGGCAUCAACGUCGACAUCUCCGGCCAUCCUUCCGCAGCGGAAUAGCAUUUCGUCGUAUAGUGCCGAUACGGAUAUUGAUCAUGAGGCGUCGGCGGCGCUUCUGAUGCUGAACCGGGACCGGAGAGGUACGAUGGAUUCUGCGGCCCAGUCGAAUGCCUCGUCGGAGGGCGUCCAGAAGAAAGUGGGAAUGAGUGUGCGGGAUCUGUUGGUGUCGUAG